AUGAUUUUAGAUAAAUCUCUUGGGAACCACGAAUUCGACGAUGGAGUCAGCGGGCUUACACCUUUCAUAGAAAGUCUUACCUGCCCAGUAUUAUCAGCCAAUCUUGUUCUUAACAAAGUGCCAGAACUUGCUAGGGAACCUAAUCUUAAAAAAUCUAUAGUACUUGAUGUUGCGGGUCAUAAAAUUGGUAUAGUUGGCUACUUAACGCCAGAAACCAAGGUAUUAGCAGUACCAAAUGACGUCGAGUAUAUUGAUGAAAUAGAAGCUCUCAACAAAGAAGUAAAGAAACUGCAAUCUGAAGGAAUCAAAAUAAUCAUUGCUGUUGGUCAUUCUGGAUAUCUUAGAGAUUUAAAAAUAGCUAAAGAAGUUGAUGGAUUAGACUUAGUUAUUGGUGGACAUACGAACACAUUCUUAUGGAACGGCACAAGCCCAGAUGCGGAAAAACCCGAAGGCUUCUAUCCUACUUACGUGCAGCAACCAUCUGGAAGAAAAAUUCCUGUUGUCCAAGCGUAUGCUUACACCAAGUAUUUAGGAAAACUACAUUUGGUAUUCGAUUCUGAGGGUAAUUUAAUUAGUUCAGAUGGAAAGCCAAUUCUUUUAGACCAUAAUAUACCUCAAGAUAAAGAAGUGUUGAAAAUAAUAAGCAAGUACAAAGCCAGUGUUGUUCAUUUAACAGAAGAAGUGGUAGGACGUACUGGUGUAAUUUUAAAUGCCCAUCCGUGCUCGGGUGCAGAAUGUAAUAUGGGUAACUUGAUCACGGAUGCGAUGGUUGAUAAGUACGCCUCAGAAUACACCGGGGAACAUUGGACAGACGCACCUAUUGGUAUAAUUCAAGCUGGUGGUAUACGCACGUCAAUAGCGCGUGCCACAUUGCCAACUAAUAUCACCACAGGAGAUUUACUCUCGGUGAUGCCUUUCGAAGGUAGUGCAGUAACUAUAUCAGUCAAUGGCAGUAUUCUUUAUGAAAUGUUGGAAUACUCAGUCUCUCGCUACAAUCCUUUAGCUUCAAACGGGGAAUUCUUACAAGUGUCUGGUAUACAAGUCGUGUAUGAUCUUAGAAGGCCACCCGGAUCAAGAGUUGUUGAUGCUAAAGCAAGAUGUUGGGCAUGUGAUGUUCCCAAAUUUACAAAAAUAGUAGACAGAGAUAUUUACAAAGUGAUAAUGCCUAGUUUCCUUUCAACGGGCGGGGAUGGUUUCUCUAUGUUUCUUGGUUUGCCUAAAACAACUUUAGGUUAUAAUGAAUUAGCAUGUACCAAAUUGUAUGUUGCACGUUACAGUCCAAUUCACCCACAAAUUGAAGGGCGUAUCACUUUCUUAAAUGAUGAGCCGAGUGCUUCUUGUACUGUAAACAUAUCAUUAUUAUUAAUGUUGGUUACUAUUGCAACAUUCCUUAUAGUUUAA